AUGAUAUCCGCGCUCUUCGGCACGCACUUCCACUUCCAUCUCGCUCACGCUUACGAUCAGGCCUAUUUACAUUGCCUGCUGGCUGGAAGCCCGCCAUGGGACCUUGAAGCCAAAGUGCAGUCCGCUGUCUAUUGGCGGGUGCAGGCUGCUAGGAGGGAGGAAAACUGGCCCGCCCCUCAAGAAGUUCGCCAGUGGCGGGAAGAGGCGCGAGAAGUGCUCUUCGAAAAGUGGUCGGAGCGUUUAGAGAUCCCGGGAGCUAGCCGGGACCUGGUGGCUGCUAUUCGGCCCGUUCUGAAGGAAUGGGUCGAACGCAAACAUGGCGCACCCUCCUUCCAUCUCACACAGCUCCUGACGGGGCACGGCUGCUUCGGCUGGUACUUGUGUGAGAGGGUGGGAAGAGAGCCGACAACGGCGUGUCACCACUGUGGAGGAGGAGCCGUGGAUACGGCCAAGCACACGCGCGAAGAGUGCCCUGCGUGGGCGGAGCCUCGCGCUGUCCUGUCCACGGCUAUAGGAGGUGACCUCUCACUGCCGGCGCUAAUCCGCCGCAUGGUGGACAGUGAGGAGGCAUGGGCGGCAGUGACCUCCUUCAGUGUCACCGUUAUGACGGAGAAGGAGGCGGCAGAGCGAAUGCGCGAGGAUGAUGCGAGCUCGCUCCCUCAGCGCCGCAGGAGGCCGGGCAGGCGGCGAAGAGCCUUCGCGGCCCGAAUGCUGCCACCCUAA